AUCUUGCUGUUGUUAAUGGAAACAGGCUGCCGCUGAAAUGACUUCAGCUUCUUUUGUUAAUAGAUUCUUGCACAACUGGUUGCAUGUAGUGCACCAAAAACAGAAAGUGGUGACUCCAGUCUUAAAGCAUGGGAAACAGCCUGGUGAAGAUCAGGGACAUCCAAAUUAGCUCAGGUUGGGUACCGGAGGUAUGAGGAUUACAGAUGUAAAUGAUGGACAGAAGAAGCUUUCAUACCAGCAAAUAUGAUUAUGACUAAACUCAUUUUGCUUUGCCCCAUGGUUGUGAUGUGGAGAGAUGUUUGUGAGCAAAUGAGAGUCAUACAAUUGGCAACCAAAGGUGGAGUGACACUUGUGGUCAGCUUAAAAAUGCAUUAUUGCAAAUGAUUUGUCGAAUAUUGUGGGUAAGAAAAUAUGCCUUUUUCAUCAACAAUUUCAUCUUUCUGUCAUUAAAUUUAAUAUGAUCUA